AUGAAUCGACAACGUGAGGCCGAAAAGGCCCUUCACGACCAAACCAACAUUCUACCAUUUGGACAAUUGAUGGUAGUUUUCACCGGUCUGGCGAUCUCGCUACUGAUCACUAUGGUCGAUCAGAAUGGAAUCAGUGUCACGUUACCAACGAUUGCCCGGGAUCUAGAAGCGGCAAAUACCAUUUCCUGGGCCGGAACCUCAUCUCUGAUCGCGAAUACCAUGUUCACGGUACUCUAUGGCCGGCUAUCAGAUAUCUUCGGUCGAAAGAUCGUUCCGGCUAUGUUCUAUGUCUUCCGCGGUUUGGCUGGUGUUGCUGGUGGCGGUGUCACAUCUCUCACGAUGAUCAUUGUCUCUGACAUUGUCACUCUCGAGAAGCGUGGCAAGUACCAGGGGAUUCUGGGGUCGACAUGGCGCGGCUUCUUCUGGUUGAUUUCGCCCUUGUCUGCGUGCUCUGCUGUUGUGGGGUACUACCUGAUUCCAAACAAUGCCCGGAGGGAUGGCUUUGGGAAAAAUUUACGCCGUAUCGAUUGGUUCGGGUCUCUAGCUUCCUCUAUAGGAAUCAUUUUUAUUUUGAUUCCUAUCUCUGGCGGCGGGUCUUAUUUCAACUGGGACUCUGCGAUGGUGAUUAGUAUGCUUGUCAUUGGGGGAUGUGCUUUUAUUGCCUUCUUUUUCAUUGAGUGGAAAGUGGCUGCACUUCCUAUGCUUCCAGUCCACUUCUUCAAGAACAAGGUCAUCUCGGCUCUGUUCCUGCAGAGUUUCCUACUCGGAGCUGUCUAUCAGUCAUAUCUCUACUACCUACCACUUUACUACCAGAAUGGACGUGGGUGGUCACCAAUCGUGUCAGCAGCGCUGACUGCUCCCAUGGUGACCUUUCAGUCGAUCGCAUCUAUAUGCUCUGGACAGUAUAUCUCUCGACUUAAGCGUUAUGGUGAGAUUAUCUGGGUCGGCUUUGGCCUCUGGACUUUGGGCGCCGGCUUGACUCUUCUCUUCGAUGCCCAUACUCAUCCAGCUGUCAUCGCAGUGAUCGUCGCCAUUACCGGCACAGGAAUCGGGUUUACUUUCCAACCCACUCUGGUCGCAUUGCAAGCACACUGCACCAAAGCCCAGAGAGCCAUCUCAAUUUCCAACCGAAACUUUUUCCGCUGUAUGGGUGGCGCGUGUGGUCUGGCUAUCUCGGCCGCUCUUUUGCAAGCAACCCUGCGCUCGACACUUCCUGCGAAGUUUUCUUACUUGACAAAGUCAACCUAUACCCUACCAUCGAGAUCAAGUGUCACAGAUACCCAGUGGGGAGAAAUUCUCACCGCAUACUCUAAGGCCUCGCACUCUGUCUUCAUCCUCCAAGUUCCGCUUAUCGGUGUCUGCUUCCUUGCUUGCUGCUUGGUUCGCGACCGGGGUCUGGAGCGGGUCAAAGACCCAGAAGAGAUCGAAGCAGAGAAGCGAGCACAGGCUGAAAGGGAUGCGGAGGCAGCUGUCGCCGAGUCUCAACCUGGGGCCGAGGGAGAGGCCGGGAGGCCCCCGUCUACUGAGACAGCAGAGAAACGACACUCAACGUCGACGUUCGCGGAGUCUUCUAUGCCGCCCUCGCGUGCUGACCCAGACUUAGCGGGCACGAAAGAAAACCAUCAAGGCCCGGCGUCUUCCAGACAGAACAGUCCGGCGUCGAAGGACUACAAUCCCCGUAAACGCGGGAGAACGGCGUGUACCCGCUGCAAAACGAGAAAACAAAGAUGCGACAACGAAUAUCCAACUUGCUCCAACUGCCAGAAGGCGGGGGUCACGUGUGACAAGUCGAGGGUGCGAGAAGAUGCUGACCGCGAGAACGAUAUCAAGUUACACACGCGCUCUGGAAGAAAGGGUGGCGUUUCUCGAGGGCAAACUAGGCCCAGAGCCAACCCCAGCCAGAAUGUUGGGCACGUCGGCAGCGCAACAUGGUCACCCAAGGGAGGCCGAGUAACGCCCCAAACAGCAUCCGGCCUCGAAACCAAUCCAGUGGGCGAAAUGGUAGGUCUUCUUGCACUAAGCUCAUCCGAAGCCCCUGCCUACGUGGGUUCAAGCUCUGGCCUCUCCCUAGCCGCCAAUCUGGGCGAAAUGGUUCAGACCAGUGUGUGGAACCAGUUUAUCUCCAGGAUGCAUGAACAACAAGCUGCUUUAUCUGCUGGAUCAAGUCAAAAUCCUUCUGGAGCGCCGGCUGGAAUAUCGCAACCCGGGAGCUGUGCGAGAACCCAAGAUCGUCCCAGAAGAAUGGAAGAGCUUUUGCCUGCCAUUCUAGAGCCUCCAUCCGAUGAGAUGGGAGCAAGACUUCUAGAUACAUAUUUUCACCGAUUGCACUCUCGUUACCCAUUUCUAGACCGUCGACAGAUGUGGCGCAUUCACGAGGAGAGGGAGAGGCUGUACAAGACUAAGCGUGAAGAGCUCUCGCAACCUGAUCGAUUUGCUCUCUUCAAGCUAAAUAUGGUUUACGCCAUUGGCGCGACUAUGCUCAGGCUGAGCGAUACCGAAAAAUACGUAUCUACUGCGCCCGAGCGAUACUAUACGUUCGCACUGCAGUAUGUCCCAACGAUGUGCGAAGCUCGUUCCGUUGAGAACAUCGAGGCAAUGGUACUUCUCGUGGUAUAUCACCUCCGCACAGCCUCCAGUCACGGAAUGUGGUAUAUGAUCGGACUGGCCAUGCGAACGGCAAUCGACCUCGGUCUCCACCGCAAGGCUAACGAGAUCAACAUGGACCCGUUCACUACUCAAAUUCGAAGGCGUUUGUUUUGGGUUGUCUACUACCUCGAGCGGGUUGUAUCAAUGUCUCUUGGCCGUCCUUUCAGCAUCUCCGAUCGCCACAUCGAUCUGGACUUACCAGUAGAUGUGGAAGAUGAUACAUUAGACCCAGCCCUCCUCACAAACCCCCAACCACACAGCAAGCCAACAUCCUUGACCUUCGCAAUUUACCUCUUCAAACUCCGUCGCAUCGACUCUCGCAUCCAACAUAAAAUCUACCGGGCUGACCGCCCCCUCUCCUCCCUUCGACCAAAGAUGGACCCCCUCUACCUCGAACUUGAGGAAUGGAAAGAAUCCGCCCUUCAACGCUUCACGGGUACAGACCUCGACUACCCAAUGCUCCACUACAACCGCGCCGUCAGACUCCUAAUCCAACCUUUUCUCCCCCUUCUCCCAAUAACAGACCCGUACUACAACAUCUGUCUUCGCGCGGCUGGCGAAAUCUGCCAAACCCACAAACGCCUCCACCAAACUUUAGAAUACGGUCACUCCUUCUUAGCCGUCCAAACUGUCUUCAUGGCCGUUCUAUUCGUCAUGGGUGAGCGCGCCGCAUGGGUAAAGAAAUACCGAGACGCAUUCGAACUCCUGGUCAACGCCGCAAUGGAGAAACUUCAGGGCAACGAAACAGCCCGGAAUACAAACAUGGCCGAACUGAUGACGGCGCAGCAUGGGGGCGUAUCACUCAACACAGCCAUGCCUGGGAUGUCAGCUGGUGAGAAAUUCUCGCCUGCGAAUCCGCAAGGACUCGCACCGGAAGGGAAUACGCCGUAUCAGGCUGAUGAGGCGGAUCAUGCGGUUAGGAUGGCAUUACAGCUUGCGCCGUGGAUUGAUCAGGAUCAAAAUGAUCCCUUGUGGAUGCCUGACUUUGAAACUUUGGAGAAUCUUUCGGGGAACUUUUGGAGCCAUGCUGAUACGACGCUAUUUGAUGCUUUAUAA